AUGAGCGCUCCGCAACAGAAUGAAGCAGAAAAAAACAUCGAGAUCUGGAAGGUCAAGAAGCUCAUCAAACGUCUCGAGGCCGCUCGAGGCAAUGGAACAUCCAUGAUUUCCCUCAUCAUUCCGCCCAAGGAUCAGAUUUCUCGAGCUGCGAAGAUGUUGGCUGAAGAAUUCGGUACUGCUUCCAAUAUCAAGUCUCGAGUCAACCGUUUGUCCGUCCUGUCAGCCAUUACUUCGACCCAACAGCGACUGAAGCUUUACAACAAAGUGCCUCCGAACGGCCUGGUUGUCUACUGCGGUGAAAUCAUCACCUCGGAAGGAAAAGAGAGGAAGAUCAACAUUGACUUUGAGCCGUUCAAGCCCAUCAAUACCUCCUUGUACCUUUGCGAUAACAAGUUUCACACAGAGGCCCUGAGCGAACUCCUCGAGUCCGACCAGAAAUUCGGUUUCAUCAUCAUGGAUGGAAACGGUGCCUUGUUUGGAACCUUGAGUGGCAACACAAGAGAAGUCAUCCAUAAGUUCUCUGUGGAUUUGCCGAAGAAGCACGGUCGUGGUGGUCAAUCUGCUCUGCGUUUCGCACGCCUGAGAGAAGAGAAGCGUCACAAUUAUGUGCGUAAAGUCGCCGAGUUGGCUGUGCAGAACUUCAUCACCAACGACAAGGUCAACGUUGCCGGCCUGAUUCUGGCCGGUUCCGCCGACUUCAAGACCGAUUUGGCCCAGUCCGACAUGUUCGACUCCCGUCUUCAAGCCAAGGUCAUCAAGGUCGUCGACGUGUCCUAUGGAGGUGAGAACGGCUUCAACCAGGCCAUCGACCUGUCUGCCGAAACUCUGAGCAAUGUCAAGUUCAUUCAAGAAAAGAAGCUCAUCGGCAAAUACUUUGAAGAAAUCAGUCAAGACAGUGGUCGAGUCUGCUACGGUGUAGAGGACACGCUCAAGGCGCUUGAGCUUGGCGCGGUCGAGACCCUCAUCGUCUACGAAAAUCUGGACGUGACUCGCUGGGUUCUGAAGGCUUCAGAUGGUACGGAGAGGAUUCUGCACACCACAAAAGCUCAAGAGGCCGAUCGUGAACAAUUCAUGGACAAGGAGACUGGCCAAGAGAUGGAAGUGAUUGAACAGACCUCGUUCCUCGAAUGGCUUGCCGAAAAAUACAAGGAUUUCGGUGCCACCCUUGAAUUUGUUUCGGACCGCUCCAGCGAAGGCAACCAGUUCGUGAAGGGGUUUGGUGGUAUCGGAGCUAUUCUGCGAUACAAGGUCAACUUCGAACAGUUGGCUGACGUUGAUGACGAAGACGAAUUCUACGAUGAUUGA